AUGACUAUUCCGGCCGAAAGCGGGAAGACUCCAAGGCAAACAGUAUUAACCCCCCAUCGCGAAGCCAAAAGGCGGAAACGCGAUGAGAACGGCCGCGAGAAACAACAACACCAGGAGGAGUAUAGAGGCUCCCAUCAGCACAGCACCGGUCGGACAUCAAGCCAAGAUCCCUUUGGAAGUACCCAACGAGAGCCCCGCCGGCAAGCCCGUCAAGAGACCCAUCUGGAGCCGCCUCCCGCAGUUCGUCCACAACUACGCCAGGAGCACCGUCAGGAAAUCCAGCGGGAAAUCCAGCGGGAAAUCCAGCGGGAAAUCCAGCAGGGCCCCAACACCAACAGACCCAGCUUCAACGAGUACAGUUCAACCACAGCAGCCGAGAGGGCAAGGAGAAGGGUCGAGGAACUCAAAGCCAAACUUACCGGCGCCCGCGGUCUCACAGCAGCUGGCCGUCGCCCGGCAGUUGCUACUCCUGAGGACGACGCGGCCUUGUUCCAGAAGAUCGCAUCCAAGCAGCCCGUCAAAAGAACAACCCAGGUCAUAUCCAGCUUGCCGAACAGCAACAGGCAGCCGACUUCAUCUAAUUUCCCUGGAGCAAGGCACAAUGUCCAACCCCCAUCAUCCAGCCAGCCGGCCGGGACCCGACCAUGUCUACCUCCACCGCCGGCCGGCAACCACCGAGUCGCGCAACUGACCCAGUCUCGGAUCCUCAACAUGCAACCCGAACGUCGCAUGGAAAUCCUCCCGUCGGCCCAAGCCCACAGCGCCCACAUCCCCCACCGCAUCCGCCGCCAGCCACGCAGUCCCGACCGGGAACCAGGAACCCAACUUGUCUCGCAACCAGCCAUCCACAAAGAGCGCCAGCGCGAGACGGUGCCAAUCCUCAAAGCCCUCAGCCCAGACCGCACGGUGAUCCAAUACGCAGUCUACCGUACCCGUCCUUUUACGCCUCGCACUACCGCCGCCGCGACCGCCACCACCACCACCCGCGACCUACGAAACCAACGGGGAGGCAGCGAGCGGGCCAUCCGCUGCAGCGCACACCUCUCUCCAGCACAGGCCAACGCGGACGCGGCAAGACGACAGGACGCCUUGCGCAAGGGCGUGGUCAGCAAAGCCUGGCGGAUGGUCCCCUCCUCGUCCUCUCAUUCCUCGAUACCGCCGUCGUCGUCAUCAUCAUCAUCGUCAUCGUCAUCCACGACAACUGCUGCUGCUGAAGAUCAUCAAAUGCUACGGUUGUACGAGGGGUGCGUCUGGUUCGAGAGAGGGGAGGUGCAGUUCUUCUGGGUCGGCGAGGAGGCGCACGAGCUGCGCACGCUCGUGUCGUCGGCUUCUGGCAGUGGUAACGCGGUUGAGCAGAGUCGUGGUGGUGGUGGUGGUGGCCGGGAUGAUGCCGGGCUGGAUUUGGUGGCGAGGAUGGGCAGUUGGUGUAACGCGAGGGUCGAUAAGGCUCCCGUGGCGAUCUACAGGCGGAAGAGGUUUGAUGUGUGGUCGAUGAUCUACUAUGGGAAGGAGGUGAAGAAACGGACGGGUGGCGCGGGGCCGAGGAUUGUCUUCGAGUGUGGGGGAGAUGGGGAUGGUGUUGCGGGAGAGGAGGAGAACGGGGCAGAGGAUGGGGACAGAGGAUGGGGACAGAGUCUCGAGCAAGAACCCGCACAGGCCAACGAAAACGAAACAGAGGGAGGGGCAGAGACAGAGCAAGAGCAAGAGCAAGAGGCCGGAGAGGCUGACGGCAGGACAGAUAACGGCCGCACCAGCCCCAGCCCCAGCCCCAGCCCCAGCCCUGCCCUCCGAACUCGAGCCUCAUCUGCUGCGACCGUCAACUUCUCCUCGCACAUGAGCCUCCUAGACCUCGCCAACCGGGCGGCGCUGUCCACCUUCCUGGAGCUCGCCAAACCCAAGAACAGCAGGAUCGAGGACCAUCACCACUACAAGUACAAGGUCAAGCCCGGCGUCCGUGAGGCUUUCGAGGAGCGUGGCUACGGCGAGAGCAACUGCACGACGCCGGCCAUAAUCGAGUGGGAUGCGCCGAUGGGAGGGGUGCACCGGUGGGAAUUCCUGCGGCUUGUGGUGCAGGUCGUGGAGAGCGAGCUGAAGGGGCCGGUGGAUCUCGGGGACAUGGUGGUCGAAGGGGCUGAGGCCAACGCCAGCGCCGGUGGAAUCAUAAGCGGCAUGGGAAACACGGAAGUAACGGGCGACAAACCGACGCGACCCGUGCCGAGGACGGGGCCGGUUGCUGCACUGCCGAGUCCCGUGGAGGAGGGCGACGUAGUAGUUAGCGAGGAGGAGGAGUGA